GCAAAUUUUAUUUAUAUAACUAUUUAAACAUUAAUUGAUUUUAAAGAUAUGCCAUUUAAGUAAUUUUUACUUCUCUAGUUAUUAUGCAUUCGAAAAUUUCGCUAUAUUGUACAAGAAUUGUUACAUAAUUUUAAGGCCAAAUAACAUGGACGAGUUAAUAUUUAGGAGUACACAAAAAUUCGAAAAUUUCCAGGUUCAAAGUCGCCUAUUCGCCUUGAACGCGAAGGACUAUUUUAUUGUGUACGUUAGCCAAGGAAAGAUCUUGUUCGAGAAAAUUUGGACCAGCCCGCAAGUGGUGAAUUUCAAGAUGAACAUGGAAGAGGGCACGAUUCGAAUGAUCGAGUUUACUAAAGAAAUAAAAACCCAAAUAAUGAGCGCUGCCAAUCCGAAGCAAAUUUACAUUGCGAUGCUCAACGUGUUCGGUAAAAAAUGGACCACCAGAGAUAUUUGUUUCACCUGCGGUGGGUUAGUAAUCGGAGGUGUCAUCGGAUUUGCAAUCGGUUUCACCAUUAAAAAAAGGCAGCCGAUUUUACAAUACAUGCAAGCCAUUCGAUGCUCCGACAACAUGGGCCCCGAGUCUAUCAAUGUUGUAGAAGACGCUCGCGCCCCUCACAAAUGCGGCGAUUACGGUGUCUUAGUGAACGUUAAAGCGGCCUCGAUUCAGUUAGUAGACGUCCAGAUCAGUCACGGGUACGGUAGAAAUUUGAGGCGAAUCCUACAGAAAGUUUAUUUGCAAUCGCAGCACGAGGAACCGGUGAUAUUGGGUAGGGAUUGUACUGGUAUCGUAACUGAUAUAGGAGCCAAAGUGACUAAAUUGGAAGUUGGUGAUGAAGUUUGGUUGACGGUGCCGUUUUGGGCCCAAGGAACCCUCUGUCAAACGGUGAUGGUACCCGAAAAUCGCGUGGCUAGAAAACCGAAGAACGUGGGUUUCGAUGGGGCCAGCAGUAUCCCGUACGCAGGCAGUUUGGCUUUAUCAACGCUAGUGGAAGCUCGAUUGGAUUCCAUGAAUGCCGAAGGGAAAAAGAUUCUGAUUCAUGGAGGUUGCACGCCGGUGGGAUGUGUUCUUGUACAGCUGUUACAUCAAUGGAAAGCCUCGGUAACGGUGACAUGUUACAAAAGAUCCUUGCCUGUAGCUCAAGCCCUCGGUGCCUCCGACGCCUUAAUCGUAUCGGAGUCUACGACACAUGAUAACUUGAAUUUCAACGAAGAUAUAUCGAGGAUUUUGAAUGAAUUGGAGGAGAGGGAUCAAAAAUUCGACGUUAUUUUAAUAACGGAGAAUUAUUGCGAAUUAUCUAAAAAAGAACUCGGCAGGUUCCUGGAGGCUAACGGAAUGGUAUUGUCAACGUUACCACCUCUAAUACCAUCGGAUAAUUAUGGAGUAAUCAGCAACUUUUUGUUGUAUACUUACAUCUACUUAAGAUAUAAAUUGCAGAAUCUGUUAGGAUUACCAAUAAAUACGUACGAUGAGACGCAUUUGUGUUCGGUUACUUUAGACAAAUUGUCGGAGUUCGUCGAAGAUGGGUACGUACAAACUGUUGUUGAUAAAAUUUAUCAACCCCAAGAUAUUGAAAUAGCUGUCAACCAUAUACAGAGUCCCUAUUCUAUAGGCAGUACGAUUAUAACGUUCAGAUAGCAAAUUAGGUAUUAUUUUUUUUAUUUAUACGACGACACACUGCCUAAUAAAUAUUUAGUUUAGUAUUGAAUUAGAUAGGUGUUUAGAGGUAUUUUACUCUGUUGGUUGCGUAUAUUACAAAUGAGACUGUGCAAUGUAGUAAAAUGAUAACAAUUAGGUUGAAUUUACUCCUGAUAUUUAUAAGACAAAUUUUAACUAAUGGAUUUAGUUUUUUUGUGUAUCGAUUUCCUUUUACAUUCUUUAGGUUAACAUAAGUUUAAAUGUUAGACCGUUUUCAGUAAAAUACGUGUAGUCUUGAGGUGCUAUUAUGACAAUUUACUUGACUGUAUUUUUUUUAUCGAGAAAUAUAUAUCGACCUGUUUUAUUUACAAUUGUUUCAAAAUGGAAGAGAUUUAUAUAACUGUUAGAAUGAAGUAACGGUAAACUAUUAUUCAAACAUCUUUAUUGAA